AUGUUGUCGAAAAAGAAGAGGACUAUUACCGGUAGGAAAGUUGUUAACUCUACAGUGAGCAUUAAACCUAGUAAAGCUAGAAAAAUUAUUAGGAGAUUUCAUGUACUGAUUAGUAAAAGGAAGAUAUUAUGUGAUUCAUUGGGGAUCAAACUAUUUGAUAAUGAUGAAGUCCAUAAUUUGAAGGCAAUAAAGGAUUAUUUGAAAAAUACACCUUUUCAAAUUAAGAAUUAUGAGAAAGGAGAAAAGCUAGAUAGUAAAAAUGAAGAGAUCGAGAAAAUGAUGCUAAGAUCUCAGACAAUAAAAUCUAGAGAUGAACAGAUGCUGGUUUUGGGCUACAUUAUGAAUGAGAUUCACGAACGUGGAGGAUUGAAAGAUUAUCAAUUAGCUAGUAGGGUUGGGCAGGAUAAUAAUCGUGGUGGAGAUUCAUCCAAGAAACUAAUUGAAUGGUUAAAAGAGAUUGAUGUUCCAAUGGAUCGAACAAUGACAGCUCUUGAAAUUGGGUCUUUGAGUUCUAAGAAUUACAUAAGUACAUGUGGGAUUUUCAGGAAUGUUGUAAGGAUUGAUCUUGAAAAUAAUGGAGAUGAGACUGGUGUGGAGAAACAAGAUUUUAUGGAAAGACCAGUUCCAAGUAAAGAAGAAGAUAAAUUUAAUUUGAUAUCAUGCUCCCUAGUGUUAAAUUUUGUACCUACGCCGUCACAAAGAGGUGAUAUGUGUGUCAGAUUCCAAGAUUUUUUGAAGAAAGAUAAGAUCAAUAAUGGCAAAGGAUCAUUUAUAUUUAUUGUAUUACCAUUGCCAUGCAUAAACAAUUCGAGAUAUAUGAAUAAAGAUAAUUUUAUUAAAUUAAUGAAUCAUUUAGGAUAUAAUAUACUGAAAGAAUAUGAAGCGAAAAAGAUAAUUUAUUUCUUAUUUGAAAUGAAGAAUCAAGGUACAAAAUAUCGUAAUAAUCAUGAGAACAAUGAAUUUGAUCACAAGAUUAAAUUGUAUGAUAAACCUGGUAUGAAUAAUUUCACAAUAUUACUUCGUGAACCCUCAUGUAAAAGAAAGUAA